AUGUCUACACCUGUCUACUAUCUAAAAGUACAUGACAGAUAUUGCCAAAUGAGGUCUUUCAUAUGGAAUCCAUGGUUCAACCCAAAGGAAGAAACCUCAAGUGCUGUAGCAUGGAUUAGCUUUCCGGAACUUCCUCCAAAUUUCUUUGUUAAAGAGGCUGUCUUUUCAAUAGCAACUGCAGUUGGAAAACCGCUAAUGGUAUAUCUGGCAACAGCAAACAAGACAAGGCCAAGUUGUGCAAGAAUCAAAGUUGAAGUCGAUUUAUUAGCAACAUUACCAAAAAGGAUUAACAUUGCUGAAGAGGAUGAAUCAGGAAUAAUAAAAUCGAAAUGGGUAAGGAUAAAUUAUGAUUACUUACCAAAAUAUUGCAAACACUGCAGACUUCAAGGUCAUGAGGAAAAGGAAUGUAGAAUUCUUAAUCCUGAAUUAGCAAAACAUUCUAGAGAAGAUCUCCAAAAAGAAAACAUAGAAGAUACAACCAUAGAAACACAAAAUAAAGAAGUCAGCCAAGGAAAAAGGGGAUGGUACAAUACUGGAAAGCAAGAAUGGACGCAAAGGAGAAGAAAAUACAAAAAGGAUAAAUCAGGAAUUAUUAUUGGGGAAGUGAGUCCAGUACAAAAAAACAAGGAAGGAAUCAUGAAAAAUACCAAUACAUUUGCAAUACCGGAAGAGACCUCAGAAAAUCAUGAUAAUACAAAUAAAGAACAAAUGCCACAAGAAGAUACUAGAACAUGGAUUGAGAAGAGCUUUUAUACUAAUAAAAGUAUAACAAAGGACAUAGACAAUAACACAAAGACUGCAGAACAACCACAAGAAGACAACAUUAUAUCUGGAGAAGAGACCAUAAUAGUCAUAUAA